CGCCACCGCUGCUGCCAGGACCACUGGCCCCUGCCCACCGCGCGUGGACCACGCUCUCCAAGAUGCAGUCUCCGGACCCCGAGGAGUUCCUGGUCGAUGAGGAGGAUGACAUUUUUGGAGAAGGACUGCCGGCCAGACUCCCGGAGAUCAUGCUGGUGGGGGCCCAGGCCUGCUCGCCCGGGGGGCCCAAUGGCAUCAUCCGCAGCCAGUCGUUCGCGGGGUUCAGCGGCCUUCAGGAGAGGCGGUCCAGGUGUAACUCCUUCAUCGAAAAUUCUUCUGCUGUCAAGAAGCCUCAGGCCAAACUGAAGAAAAUGCACAACUUAGGACACAAAAACAGCAGCCCGCCCAAGGAGCCGCAGCCGGGGAGGGUGGAGGAGGUGUACCGGGCCGUGAAGCGGGGGCUCGACGAGUACCUGGAGGUCCACCAGACGGAGCUGGACAAGCUGAAUGCUCAGUUAAAGGACAUGAAGAGGAACUCGCGCCUGGGCGUCCUCUACGACCUGGACAAGCAAAUUAAAACGAUUGAAAGAUACAUGAGACGCCUGGAGUUCCACAUUAGCAAGGUGGACGAGCUCUACGAAGCCUACUGUAUCCAAAGGCGCCUCCAGGACGGGGCCAGCAAAAUGAAGCAAGCCUUCGGCGCGUCGCCCGCCAGCAGGGCCGCCCGGGAGAGCCUGGCGGAGGUGCACCGGAGCUACAAAGAGUACACGGAGAACAUGUGCACCAUCGAGGCGGAGCUGGAGGGUCUGCUGGGCGAGUUCUCCAUCCGGAUGAAAGGUCUGGCCGGCUUCGCGCGCCUCUGUCCCGGAGACCAGUACGAGAUUUUCAUGAAGUACGGCCGACAGCGGUGGAAGCUGAAAGGCAAAAUCGAAGUCAACGGCAGGCAGAGCUGGGACCGCGAGGAGAUGGUGUUCCUGCCCCUGAUCACUGGGCUCAUCUCCAUCAAGGUCACAGAGGUCAAAGGGCUGGCGACCCACCUCCUGGUGGGCAGCGUGACCUGCGAGACCAAAGAGCUGUUUGCAGCCGAACCGCAGGCGGUGGCCGUUGACAUCAACGACCUGGGCACCAUCAAGCUGAACCUGGAAAUCUCCUGGUAUCCGUUCGACGUGGAAGACGUGACCCCGUCCUCGGGCGCGGGGAGCAAAGCAGCCGCCCUGCAGAGGAGGAUGUCCAUCUACAGCCAGGGGACCCCGGAAACGCCCACCUUCAAAGACCACGCCUUCUUCUCGAAUCUGCCCGACGACACCUUGGAGAACGGAAAGGCCGCCCCGCAGAAAACGCCCCUGUCUCUCAGCUUCAGCGACCUGCCCAACGGGGACUGCGCGCGCCCCGCCGGCACGGGCUCCGCCAACCCCGAAAUCACCAUCACCCCCGCCGAGCGGCAGCCCGGCAGCCUGGCCUCCGAGAGCGAGGGCACCGACGACUCGGGCUCCGCCUCCUCCAGCGGCUCCUCGGGGAGCGGCCCAGGGCCCCGGGCCCCGCCGGAGGAGGAGCAGGAGCAGGAGGAGGAGGGCGCCGAGGGGCCGCGGAGCGCGGAGGCCGUGCGCGCGCCCGCCGGCGCCGUGCCCGAGCGCCUGUUCCUGGAGAGGGGCGUGGCCGAGGCGCUCCUGCAGGAGUCGGACGAGGCCUCGGAGCUGAAGCCCGUGGAGCUGGACACGUUCGAAGGCAACAUCACGAAGCAGCUGGUGAAGCGGCUCACCUCGGCCGAGGUGCCGGCGGUGGCCGCGGAGAAGCUGCUGUUCGAGGGCUCGGUCAGCGGGGAGUCGGACGGCUGCCGCUCCUUCCUCGACGGGAGCCUGGAGGACGCGUUCCACGGGCUUUUCCUCGCCCUGGAGCCGCACAAGGAGCGGUACAAGGAGUUCCAGGACCUGAACCAAGAAGUCAUGCACCUGGAUGACAUCCUGAAAUGCAAGCCCUCCGGGAGCCGCAGCUCGCCGUCCAGCCUGAGUCUGACGGUGGAGAGCGCGCUAGAGAGCUUCGACUUCCUGAACACGUCCGACUUCGACGAGGACGAGGAGGAUGCUGACGAGGGGGGCCCGGCUGGAGGAGGCGCCGACUCCGUGUUCUCAGACACAGAGACCGAGAAAAGCAGUUACAGGCCGGCGCACCCGGAGGCCAGGGUGCACGUGAGCGAGGCGCUGACCGAGGACACGGGCGUCGGGACAAGCGUGGCCGGCAGCCCCCUCCCGCUGACCUCGGGCAACGAGAGCCUGGACAUCGCCAUCGUGCGGCACCUGCAGCACUGCACCCAGCUCGUGCAGCAAAUCGUUUUCUCCAGCAAAACCCCCUUUGUGGCGAAAAAUCUCUUAGAGAAGCUUUCUAGGCAGAUCCAAGUGAUGGAGAAGCUUGCAGCCGUCAGCGACGAGAACAUAGGGCACAUCGAUUCUGUCGUGGAAGCCGUCCCCGAGCUCCACAAAAAGCCGUCGCUGCUCUCGUUCUGGACCCAGUGCUGCGGCCCGGCAGGCGCGUACCACAGCUCGGCCGCCAGGGUGGUCCGGCAGCUGGAGGCCAGCUUCGCCACGGCCGUCAACAGGGAGCACCCCGGACUCGCAGAUCCAGUGUUCCGGACGCUGGUGUCCCAGAUCCUGGACCGGGCGGAGCCCCUGCUGCCCUCCAGCCUGUCCUCAGAGGUCAUCACUGUGUUCCAGUACCACAGCUACUUCACCAGCCACGGCGUGAGCGACCUGCAGAGCUACCUGCACCAGCUGGCCCAGCAAGUCUCGCUGGUGCAGAGCCUGCCGUCGCUGAGGGACGAGAAGCUGCUCCAGGCGGUCGGCGGCCUGGCCGCCCGCAGCCUCCCGGCCCAGCAGGAGGCGCUCAGGACGCUGGCCCUGCUCCUCGCCGGGGGCCACAGCGACGUGAGCCAGGCCGUGCGGCUCCACCUGGCCGAGGCCGCCCGCAACGAGCACUUCCGGGAGAAGGCCGUGCUCUAUUACUGCGAAGCCCUGAGCGCGCCGGACGUGCAGCUGCAGAAGGCAGCGUGCCUGGCCCUGCGCAGCCUGCAGGCCACGGAAAGCAUUAAAAUGCUGGUGACACUGUGCCAGUCCAACGCUGAAGACAUCAGAAACGUGGCCUCGGAAACCCUCCUGUCUCUGGGGGAAGACGGGCGGCUGGCGUACGAGCAGCUGGACAAAUUCCCUCGGGAUGGUGUCGGCGUGGGAAGUCGUCCCGGGAUGGAAGUGGCCACGGCCUUCUAGCGACCGGCUGGCUCGGCCACGGAGCCGUCCAAACAAGGGCCUUUUGUGCCAGCGGGCGCUGUGACGGCCGGCCGGUCUCGGACUCGCAGCGGCCGCCGGCGCCAUCGGAAAUGGCCCUGCCCAGCCGCCCUCGGCGGGUUUCUCCGCAUCCCCGCCACCGGGGGCCAGGACGCGGGGCAUGUGCG